UUGUCUGUAUGAUAAGCCCCGAAGACGCGUUACGAACCCAUAAAGUAAACCGAAAAUCCAAGGUAUUAGAGCCACCCAAAGUCCUAAACGAAGGUAUCAUCUGCCAAAUGUCCAAUCGCGAAGGAAUGAGAAGGAUCGAAAGUCUCCGAGAGUUCAAGAGUAGGUACGCCAUUCCAUAAUAACUACAAUAUUGAUCAAAAUAUAGCUUCAGUGUCCAUUCAGAAAUACUUCCUACUGAUGCAAAGGAGCGUAAUCAUGAGAUGAAGUCCACGCGUAAGGUAGUGUAAGAGUGGGAAGUGUCUUCAUUAGAGUCAUCAAACGAGAAACCAUCACACCCGGGGUCCUCAUUGCUCGGAUACAGGAAGAGUAUCGUAUGUCGUGCAUAAACCUUUCCAUGCCGUGUUGACCGAAUCAACAUCGUUCGAGAUGAUAUCUUGCGUUCCUUCAGCAAAUACCAGGCCGAAACCCUCGCGAAGAUGUCAAUCGAUGUGGCAGUGCAUAAUCCACGGACCAGGGUUAUCAGUGGUGAAACGGAUCGUGACGUUGUCACCAGCUCCACCGAUGUUCACAACAUCACUAUCAAAUCACUAUGCUAUAGAGAAACAUUUAGAGAAGCGACGGCGUGCCAACGGCGGGUGGGCCAAGGCAAGUGAUCGCCAAAUGAAGGCCCAAGUGCUUGAGUGUAUUUUAUGCGUCGUUAUCGCCUCAAG